UCCCGCGAAGUCUUUCACAGCGAUGUGAAAAACGCCGGCUCCGUGGCAGCGCGUUGAUGCGCGAGCGGGGUGCUAGCUGGGAGAAAAAAAAAAAAAGCUUAAAUACCUUAAAUACUUAUUAUUUGCCUCCCUGCCUCCUGCGUGUUUCCAGUCGUGUUCGCAGUUAAGGCAAAGCGCGGUAAUAGCGACUCUUUCUUACCCUUGUUUAAGAAGCUCCGCUCAGCUACGUCUGCCCUACUUGCAGAUUUCUGUUUUAUUUCUCCCAAACUUAGUUUGGGAAGCUAAACGCAGCAACUUUGUUCAAUUCCGAAGUGUCAAAGCAAACAGCGUCACGUCAGAAAACCGCUUUUAAUGCCUUAAAAUGAUGUUGUUAUGUUGCACUGUAUGAGCUUUGGUUCAUGUUCACCUAAAGACAAGCGCUUUCCAGGACUGGCUUCGCUCGCAGCGGUGGGUGUCUGAAAAGUUCAUUGUUGAGGGCUUAAGAGAAUUCGAACUGUUUGGAGAGCAGCCUCCGGGUGACUCUCGGAGAAAAACAAAUGAGGCGAGCUCCGAGUCGAUAGCCUCUUCCCCUAAAAGGGACACCAUGAGCAACUUUCUACCAGACAGCACCUGCUAUGAGUUGCUCACUAUCAUAGGCAAAGGCUUUGAAGACUUGAUGAUUGUGAAUCUGGCCAAGUAUAAGCCCACAGGGGAGUACGUCACAGUCAGAAGAGUUAACCUGGAAGCCUGUACCAAUGAAAUGGUCACGUUCUUGCAGGGAGAACUUCAUGUUUCCAAGCUCUUCAACCACCCUAACAUUGUGCCAUACAAAGCAACUUUCAUAGCUGACAACGAGCUAUGGGUAGUGACAUCUUUCAUGGCCUAUGGUUCUGCAAAAGAUUUAAUCUGUACCCAUUUUAUGGAUGGGAUGAACGAACUGGCUAUUGCAUAUAUCCUUCAAGGUGUAUUGAAAGCGCUUGACUACAUUCACCAUAUGGGCUAUGUACAUAGGAGUGUGAAAGCCAGCCAUAUCCUGAUCUCUGUGGAUGGGAAGGUGUACCUCUCUGGCCUACGAAGUAAUCUAAGUAUGAUCAACCACGGGCAGCGGCUCAAAGUUGUUCACGACUUUCCCAAAUACAGCAUCAAAGUCCUACCUUGGCUGAGUCCUGAAGUCUUGCAGCAGAAUCUCCAGGGUUAUGAUGCAAAAUCUGACAUUUACAGCGUAGGGAUAACAGCCUGUGAACUGGCAAACGGACACGUACCAUUUAAAGACAUGCCUUCUACUCAGGUAAGGCUUACAAGCUGUUCCUUGCUCUCUUCCAUCCUGGCUUGUGCAACUGCCUUGCUGCAGUGGGAUGUGAAGACAGGAGCUAACUAUGGGAUGAGUGAGAGCACGGCGAUUAGCAAUGUGAGAGCAGCCAAUGGAGAGUCAACACUGCACCCUUAUCUUCGGACCUUCUCCACCUACUUCCACAACUUUGUAGAGCAGUGUCUCCAGCGGAACCCAGAUUACAGGCCAAGUGCGGGUGCUCUGCUUAAUCAUCCAUUUUUCAAGCAGAUCAAGCGUCGUGCUUCUGAAGCACUCCCUGAACUUCUGCGCCCUGUCACGCCGAUCACUAAUUUUGAAGGAACACGGCCACAGGAUCCCAGUGGCAUUUUUGGGCUGGUAUCAAACCUGGAGCAGCUGGAUGUGGAUGACUGGGAAUUCUAGAAAAACAUGGAAUAUACCCAAUUCUGGAAGAGCUUUUUGGACAUUGUAAUUUAUCGGUCCCCUUCAAAAAAGGUGAUGAAUCUUCAACAUAUAGAAGAGUUUACAGGUCCUGGGGAAGGAACUUCAACCAUCUGUUUACUUGGGGAGCAGCCUGGAAAGAAAUGGACAGACCUGAGCUGGAAGAGGCUCAACCCCAAGGAACCGUGCAGUAUUUCAGUUGUUGCAAUGCCCAAAGCCCCAGUUCUUGCAGCUGAGCGCUGUUAGAUCACUAGACAGGGCUGAGUGAGUCUGUUUAGUGGUGGUCUCUCUAUUCAUGCGUUUCUAAAAAUCACUGGCUUCCUAGUAUCACAGCUGAAGGCUGCAUGUCCCUACCCUCUUUUUGUUCUUUCUUUUUCAAGGGUGCCUUAGAGAUAACAAGGGGAGGGAAGCAGCUCUUGGUUUUGGGCAUUCUCCUA